CAACUCAGGCAUGAGAACCUUGUGAACCUGCUGGAAGUGUGUAAGAGGAAGAAACGGUGGUAUCUGGUGUUUGAGUUUGUGGAUCACACAGUGCUGGAUGACCUUGAGGCAUCUCCCAAUGGAUUGGACUAUGGCAGAGUUCGGAAAUACCUGUUUCAGAUAAUGAGAGGAAUAGCCUUUUGUCACAGUCACAAUAUAAUCCAUAGAGAUAUCAAGCCAGAGAACAUCCUGGUUUCCCAGUCAGGAGUUGUAAAACUCUGUGACUUUGGAUUCGCUCGGCCCUUGGCAGCUUCUGGGGAAGUUUACACAGACUAUGUGGCAACCCGGUGGUACAGAGCUCCUGAGCUGCUGGUGGGAGAUAGCAAGUAUGGCAAGGCUGUGGAUGUGUGGGCUAUUGGCUCCCUGAUAACAGAAAUGCUUACAGGAGAGCCCCUUUUCCCUGGAGAUUCAGACAUUGACCAGCUCUACCAUAUCACCAAGUGCCUGGGUAAUUUGAUUCCAAGACACCAAGAGUUAUUCUAUAAAAAUCCCCUCUUUGCUGGCAUGAGGUUGCCUGAAGUGAAGGAGGUCGAAUCCCUGGACAAACGCUAUCCCAAACUCCCUGCUCUAGUGCUGGAUUUAGCCAAGGAGUGUUUGCAGAUUGACCCAGACAAAAGGCCAUCCUGUGCUGAACUCCUGCAGCAUGAUUACUUCAACAAGGAUGGGUUUGCUGAAAGAUUUACUCAGGAGCUGAAGUUGAAGAUCCAGAAAGAUGCCAGAGACCAUCAGUUGCACAAAAAAUCCAAAACCAGCAAAAGAGACAAAGAUGAUGUUUCAGAAGAAAGAAGAAUGCUCAGUGUUCAGGAUUUCAGUGUUGGCCCAAGGAGCAGAGAUGCAAAGCUGCUGAAGACAAAGCACUCUAAAGCUGAUGCAGAGAAAGCAGAUCGAUCCUCCAACCUGAGCUCCCUCUAUGACAGCGCCAUCAACCCCUUUAAAAUCAGCCCUCAGACCAGCCUGAAAGAUUCAAGCAGCAGCUUGGACUAUGCCAAGAACACAGGGAUGGUUAUCCCUCCCAUCAACCAGAACUUUUCUCCUACAUUUGGGAUGGGUCCUGUGCCUGGGAGCCUUAACUACAGACUUGAUGAAAAGAGUAAAAAAUACUUGAACCCAUUGCUAAAGCAAAGGAAACCUUCUCCAGUGGGACAUUACAGCCUCAGCCUGACAUCGGUUACUAAUGAAAAAAACAUCCUUCAGGCAAACAGGAAAAAAUGGGAAUUCUCCAAGCCAGAGGUGCGUUUGCCAGAACUAAAUCAUCUCCCUGAGCUAAAAGGAGUGGAAGGUAUGACAUGGCAUUCCAGGUUCCUGAAGAAGGAAAACAAGACAGUUUCAGAGUCCCGAGUCCCUUCCCUCGCCGCUAUCGACCUUCACAACUCCAGUCUGGCCUCACAGCAGCUGUCAGGGACCUUGAUGGCACCAGAUACAUCAGAAGCCAGCUUCCCCAGAGUUGAACACUAG